GUCUGACCCGCGGUUGCACAUGAACUCAACCUGUAGUUGACUGAACUGUUUUUACCUUCACCUGGUUGUUUCACCUUCCUUUUGGUGUGAUUCUGUGGCUGUGGGAAGCACAUCGGCGCCCACAUUUGGACGUACCUCAUUCUUCUAGUCUCAGAUUGAGUUUGCUGUAGUCAUGCAGGCACACGAACUGUUGAAGCAGCUUCGAAUCCCUGAGCUGUCCGAGGUGAGGGACUAUUUCCACAGCCUCUCCACAAACACCCUCCUCGGCAUGGGUGCGUUCACCGCCGUCACGGCGUACUGGUUCGCCACCAGACCCAAAGCCCUCAAAGCACCCUGUGACCUGCGCAUGCAGUCAGUAGAGCUGCCGGGUGGAGAAUUUGCUCGUCGAGGGGCGGUUUUAAAUGGAGGACCGCUCUUGAGCCAUUUCUACGAGGACGCCAAGACCUUAUACGAGUGGUUUCACAGGGGUCUGAGGGAGUCAAAUAACGGUCCCUGUCUGGGAUCGAGAAAACCAAAGCAGCCGUAUGAAUGGCUUUCGUACUCAGAGGUGAUUGAGCGAGCAGAGAAUUUGGGAUCAGCAUUUUUGCACAAAGGACACUCGAAGGAUGGAGACCCCUACAUCGGCAUCUUCUCUCGGAACAGACCAGAGUGGACGAUUUCCGAGCUGGCCUGCUACACAUACUCUCUGAUAUCAGUUCCUCUGUAUGACACCUUGGGCACAGAAGCAAUAAGCUACAUCCUCGACAAAACCUGUAUCUCUACAGUCGUAUGUGACGUACCUGAGAAGGUCAAGCUGCUGUUGGACUGUGUUUCGGGCCGGCAGCACUCAGUCAAAACCCUGAUCCUCAUUGAAAACUUUGACACUGAUUUGGUCAGCAGAGCACAGCAGUGUGGCAUCGACAUCAUCAGUCUGAGAGACGCAGAGAAUAUCGGCAAGGCUCAUCGACAGCAUCCUGUGCCCCCUCAGCCUGAUGACUUGGCUAUUAUUUGUUUUACAAGUGGAACCACAGGAAACCCUAAAGGAGCGAUGCUCACCCACAGCAACAUAGUGUCUAAUGUUUCUGCCUUCAUCUACGUCACAAAGCCCACUUGCCCCAUCGGUCCUCAGGACACACACAUCUCUUACCUGCCCCUGGCACACAUGUUUGAGAGAGUCGUACAGGGUGUGAUUCUGAUGCACGGCGCACGUAUCGGAUACUUCCAGGGGGACAUUCGAAUUCUGAUGGAUGACCUCUCGACCCUGAAGCCCACCGUAUUCCCUGUGGUUCCUCGUCUGCUGAACCGCAUGUUUGACAAGAUCUACGGACAGGUCAACAGUCCCCUGAAGAGGCGCAUCCUGGAGUUUGCGUUCAGGAGGAAAGAGAACGAGAUGAAGAGCGGGAUCAUGAGGAGAGACAGUGUGUGGGACAAGAUCAUCUUCAAGAAAGUCCAGGCCAGUGUUGGAGGACACGUUCGAAUGAUGAUAACUGGAGCGGCUCCCAUUUCAGCUCCUGUUCUCACCUUCCUGCGAGCUGCAUUGGGCUGCCAUUUUUAUGAAGGAUACGGUCAGACUGAAUGCACUGCCGGCAGCACAGCUACAAUACCAGGAGACUGGACUGCGGGUCAUGUUGGAGCUCCUCUGCCCUGUAAUGACAUCAAACUCGUGGAUGUGGCAGAGAUGAACUAUUAUGCUGCUAAAGGCGAGGGAGAGGUGUGUGUGAGGGGUCCUAAUGUUUUUAAGGGGUAUCUGAAAGACCCUGAGAAGACGAAGGAGGCUCUUGAUGAAGACGGUUGGGUUCACACUGGAGACAUUGGCAGGUGGCUGCCGAAUGGCACUCUAAAGAUUGUGGACCGUAAGAAGCACAUUUUUAAGCUGGCUCAGGGUGAAUACAUCGCUCCAGAGAAGAUCGAGAACAUUUACAUCAGGAGUGAAGCUGUGGCGCAGGCUUUCGUACAUGGAGACAGUCUGCAGGCCUGUCUGGUAGCCAUCAUUGUGCCUGAUCCAGACUUUCUGCCCGGCUGGGCCAAGAAGAGAGGCAUAGAGGGCUCAUAUGAAGAACUGUGCAAAAAUAAGGAGGUGAAGAAAGCCAUUCUGGAGGAUAUUGUGAAAUUGGGUAAAGAAAGUGGCCUGAAGUCUUUUGAACAGGUGAAGGACAUUGCUCUUCACACCGAGAUGUUCUCCAUCCAAAACGGCCUCCUGACGCCCACCCUGAAAGCCAAACGCGCUGAUCUCAGGGACUGCUUCAGGAAACUGAUCGAUGAGCUUUACUCCAACAUCAAAAUAUAAAGCCGAGGAAAUGUAACAGAGCUGAUCUGGGUCCCACGACUGAAAAGACCUAGUUCAAAACAAGAGGCCUGAGAGAGCUUGUUGUCAACUGAUGUAGCAUCAGUUUUAUAUGCCUUUCAGAAUAAGAUUAUAUCCUAGAUCAGCUGUGUUACUCGCCUCGACUUCAGCUUUAAACAUCCUGCCUCAGGAAAACGUUCCUACAUUUUGACACCAUCAUUUUUACCUUUGACUAUUUUAGGAGAAAGGGAAGAGAAAUCCACGAGCAAGAACAAUCUAAUGCUGUUAUUGAGUACAAAAUAAUAUUCCUCUUUUAUUUCAGUGCAGUUUUUUCUAAUGAGAUGAUGCAGAUAAGCCAAACAUUUUAUUCUGCUUAAAUUUGCUGAAAAUGUACUCAUCCUCACUUCAAGAUGAGUAGAUGAGUUUGUUUCUUCAUAAGAACAGAUUUGGCAGAUUUGAAAUUUAGCAUUAUAUCACUUGUUCACCAAUGGAUCCUCUGGAGUGAAUGGGUGCCGUCAGAAUGAGAGUCCAAACAGCUGUUAAAAACAUAGUCCACACAGGGUUCCCACGCUUCUUGAAAGUACUUGAAUAUCAGACACAUGAAUUCAAGGCCUGGAAAGUACUUGAAAACAAAUAUAGGUUCUUGAAAGUGCUUGAAAUACAUUUGAAACUAAAUUUUGUUUAGUAGAAUGGUGCUAUUUAAUUUUUUUUUUCCUAUAUGCAAUGUCAAAGGCAAAACGAAACAGCGCUAAUGAAUGGGGUGGAGAUGGGGUAGCACGAGAAAAAAACUUGGCAUGCGAAAAACACUGUUUGUUCAGUGCCGAGUUUUGCAAGCUCACAAAUCCUCUCAUUAUAACAAACAAAGUGUAGACGGGGUGUAAAUAAGAUAUUCACUGUGCAGUGUAGAGAGCUGCGUUGAUUAUAAUGGAACUUUGUGAGAUCGCGAUGAACGAAGGAGAGUGACAGCUUUUAAUGAUUAAGGCAGUUUGCAAAAUGAUAUUGAUUUAAUACAACAGUUCAUUAAACAAGAAGUUAAUAUUAAGUGACUUGCAUUGUCUUAACACUAUUGCCUAAUUUUGUUCUAUUUCUUCAACAAAAAUAGUUAAAAAUACAAACAAAGUAACAGCUGAGCCGCUGCGCAUCUCCAUUCAACACAGCGUUGUUUUAUGUAUGUAUGAAUGGGCGUUUUUAAACGAAUCUGAUUCAGUUACCCAUUCAUAAAGACAAACACUGGCUUCAUUCCUGAAUGAAUAAGCUGUUCGAACGAAUCAUUUGAAUGAAAGAUUCAGUCAUAAAAUCAGUGACUUGCCUCCAUCUACUGUCAGAUUUACUUUCAUUUUAAAGUAUUUUUUCUGUUAUUUAAAUCAUAUAAUAUUUCUAUAUUCACAAUGUUAUAUUUAAAACAUUGACCUCAACAUGAAGUUAUGAAUUUAAUUGCACUCAUGUGACCACUGAGCCUCAUUAAAUCAUCUGAAAAUACACCUAGAAGCCACUUUUUCUGUGCAAUGCACCUCUGUAGUACAAAUUAAUUUAUUUCAUUUGAUUGGUAACUUAUUCUUAUUCUACUUGUUUUUAUUCUGCUGUUUUAAUUCGAAAUUUUAAAACAGCUUAUAAAUAUAUAUUUUUGACUUUGACAAAAGAUUACAUACUUUUAAUAAAGUUAGAAAAAUGCCAUUACAAAGGUAUUGGUACAUCACUUUAAGGAGUCAGAUAUCAUCUUGUAAUGGGAAGGCUAAUAUUUGAUCAGAAUUUUUGAUUAUUGAUUAGAAGGUUCCCCUGAAAUAUUUGACUGUGCUCCUAAUUGUUUUUUUUUUUUUAAUUAGGAACACAAGUGAGUAAGUGUAAAGCCCUGUUUAACCACUGUUUAUUAAUUUUAAAAAAUAAGAAAAUAUUUCAAAUUUAAAUCUUUUACAAGAAUUACAGCAAAAACCAGUUUGAUGCAAGAAUAUAUAUUUUUAUCAGUAUUUGAGAAAUUCAAAAUUCCUUUGAACACGACUGCUCAAAAUGGUCUAAAAUUAUGAAACCUACACAUUCAAUACCUCUUUACUCUGAUUUUUUUAUGUUAAUGUUAAGUGUACGUGAAAUGUUAAGUACUGUAAGAGGUCUUUCAUGACGCUACAUAUGCUGGGUGUGAAUUUGAUUGGUGCUUGAUAUAAAAUAAAUGGUGCUUUAAUAAGUCCUUGAUUAUGGACUUGAAAGGGUGAUUAAGGACUUUUGGUAUUUGGCCAGGAGGUGACAGUUUAAAGUUAAUAAAUCUUGAUGGAUUUGUUUCUUACAAACACUCAACUUUUCUCUUCAUAAGACGUUAAUUGAUGGACAGGAGUGAUGUGGAUUACUUGUGGAUUAUUGUGAUGUUU